AUGACAACCACCGUGGCCUCUGCCAUUCGGCCGGGCCUUCGCGAACGCCAACAAUCUGGCUCACCACAUACUCCUAGUCGGUACAUAUCGUCCGUCCAAUCUUCUCCCGGAUCCUCCUUCUUCCGCGCUGAGGAAGAUCCCAUUAUCAUCGAACUAGAUGCUCGUGAACUCAACGCGGGGUUCCAAGGGGAAAGCGGUCCACAGUGUACCAUACCCUUCACACCACGCAACUCCCGGAGAAUUGGGGAUUACAGGGAAUAUUUGCCCGAUUACAAGAGAAGAAGGGCAGAAUUACAAACUCGGUGUAAAGAGUAUGAGCUAUGGAGGAACGACUUGAGCGAUGUCAAUUUGGGCCUGCUGGAGGAUAAGCUGGAACGCGCUGUUCGGGAGGUGUACAACAAACACCUGCUUGUGGAUGCCGGUGCUGCACGGCUGGUUCUCGUCCUACCGUCGUUGGUUCCUCAUCCAAUACUGUCAACUAUUCUUACACUUCUGUUCGAACGAUGGAAGUACUCCUCUGUGACCCUUCUUCCUGCGCCGGCCAUGACCAUCGCUGCUGCCGGUCUACGAUCAGGCUUGGUCGUUGACUUGGGGUGGGAAGAGACAGUCAUCACAGCAAUCUAUGAAUAUCGAGAAGUCCAGGUUCGUCGAAGUACAAGAGCUAUGAAGGCUCUCACGCUCAAAGUUGGCGAAGUCCUGGGUAUUGUGAGGAACGAACAAGACGUGCAGUUCCGGGACACAUUGCUGCUGGAUUUUGACUUCGUGGAGGACUUCAUCGACCGUGCUGGUGCGUGUCAUGCAAUGCUCGUGGAUGUAGAUGAAGAUCUAGUCACCAUGGUGGAAGCGAUGCAAGUCCAGCAGCAAGCCGACUCGAAAUCGAGAAGUGAAAAUCGAGCAAAGAUCGUAAUCGACUGGCCAACAGGGACCUCAUCCCGGCCCAUAGCCAUUCCACGGCAUGCACUCCACCUUGCGUGCGUCGAUGCUAUAGUCGGAAAGAAAAACGAGACACGCCCUGACGACCACGAACAGUCUGUCGGCCAACUUUUGUACAGCACUCUGCGCUCUUUAUCCUCUGAUGUGCGUGCCAUCUGUAUGCCCAGAAUUGUCUUCUCUGGUCGAGGUGCCCGUGUGGCCGGGCUGUCCCAACGCAUCCUUGAUACAACCGAGUCGAUUGUAUCUCAAUAUGGCUGGAGCGCGGUAAGAGGAAACCGCCUUCCCGUCAAAAGAGCUGGUCUUGCAGAACUCGCGCAGGCGAGAGCAGCACCUGCUGAUGCUAGGCACAAUCUCAACUCCCCCGGCGCGAACGAUUUCGUCGAAGAGCGGCUCGCCAAGCAGAAGUCGAAGGAUGUUGAUCUGUCUGUUCCAGUCGCCCUCCGUCAAGUCGACACCCUCGGACCAUGGGCCGGAGCGAGUCUCGUCGCAAGCUUGAAGGCGAAGUCCUUUGUUGAGAUUGAUCGGGAGAAGUUCCUUUCACAUGGACUGUCUGGGGCGCAACGGGAAUUUGAAACAAACGUUGUCUCCCAACGUACAGGUACUGUGAGGAGUGGUGAAAGAGCCAGUUGGACUUUGGCGGGAUGGGGCUGA